ACGGCUCGUGGUUGACCUCGAUAGCUUGUGUUUGAGCUCUGCAACUCCUACUUGAGCAGGAUGCUUGCAACACGUCAUUGUCGAGCUUGGGUAAUGCAGCCCAAUCCUAGCUACUCUGCUGCUGCCGAGCUGGACUGCCUUCCUUCUACCGAGCUAAAGAGUGCUUUGAGCUUUGUUGUUGCCGAGCUGGACUGCUUUGUUGCUGCUGAGCUAGGCUACUCUGCUGCUGCCGAGCUGGACAGCCUUGCUUCUGCUAAGUUGGAGCACUGCUUUGAGCUUUGCUACUGCUGAGCUGGACUGCUUUGUUGCUGCCGAGCGGGCCGCUUUGCUGUUGCCAAGCUAGCUGUUGUGCUGCUGCCAAGCUGGGCUGCUUUACUACUGUCAUUAAGCUCGAGCUCAUCUUCUCUCAUUGAGGGUGCCACAUUUGUGAGAUUUUUUAUUUUUUAUUUUUUCAUAAACCCAUUUUGCAAAUUCAUCAGAUCUACUUCUGCAACUCAAGAGAAUCGGCCAUGAGCCUUUCACUUAUCUUCUCCUUCAUCUGAUCAACCAGAUCAACAUAGAAAUAAAACUUUAAAGCUUUU